AUGGACCGCCCCGCAACCGACAUCUCGCUAGUCCCCCAGGCGCCUAAGGUGCCCAAGACGACAAGCGAAAAAGAAAGCACCCGUCGCCUCAUCGUCGUCCUCGAGUCGGCCUGUCUCGAGACCUACAAGGUCGGCAAGGACAAGGAUGCCCGCUACCAGUUGCUCAACUGUGACGACCACCAGGGUAUCCUUAAGAAGAUGGGCAAGGAGGUUACUGAUGCCCGUCCUGAUAUCACCCACCAGUGUCUUCUUACCCUUUUGGACAGUCCUUUGAACAAGGCCGGUCUCUUGCAGGUGUACAUCCACACUGCCAAGAACGUCCUCAUUGAAGUCAACCCUCACGUCCGUAUCCCAAGAACCUUCAAGCGUUUCUCUGGAUUGAUGGUUCAAUUGCUCCACAAGUUGUCGAUUCGCUCUGUCAAUGGAUCGGAAAAGUUGCUCCGUGUCAUCAAGAACCCCAUCACAGACCACUUGCCCACCAAGUGCUUAAAGCUCGCCUUCUCGUACGAUGCCCCUGUUGUCGCAUUGAGGGAGUACCUGCCCACGAUCCCUGAGGAUUACUCGAUCUGUGUUGCCAUUGGAGCCAUGGCCCACGGAGAGGACAACUUUGCUGACAGCUACGUGGACAAGAAGAUUGGUGUUUCGGGAUACCCUCUUUCUGCCUCUGUUGCCUGCGGAAAGCUUUGCUGCGGUGUUGAGGAUCUCUGGGGCAUCAUCUAA